AUGACCACUCAGCUCCUCUCUACGGAGUUAACUAAUCUCAUACAAGAGAGUAAACGAAAGCAUAACGAUCUUAGACAGGCAGCCGAGAAGUCUUUGGAAGAGCUGAAGGGAAUUCGUGCCGCAAAUGAAGCCCAACUAGCUGCUGAACUGUCCCAAAAGGUCAACUUCGUCAACCCAUUCGUCAUCGCAUGCGGGACAAGAAAUGCUAAAUUUACCGGAAUAGCCAUUGUCUGCUUGUCACGACUUAUUCUUACUACUGCGCUCCCGCGAUCCAAGUUGAGUCCCGUCUUGGAAGCCUUGCGAGAGGCUACUUCUGCUGGUCUUGAUGUGCAACUUAAGAUUCUACAAGCUCUGCCUAGUUUACUCCAGAACUAUUCGAAAGAGAUCCAAGGUGAUCUGUUAGUCACUGCACUGAACAUCUGCUUCAUUCUGCAGACGACUAAAAAUGGAAUUGUCAACAAUACUGCUGCCGCUACGCUCCAACAGCUUGUUAUGACCGUAUUUGAAAAGGUAGCGGUUGAAGACAUAUCCGAUGGAAGUUUUGUUGGCGAUGCCCCUACCGGCAAUGGCGAUGUUCAGCUCCGGGCCGCGUCUAUGGAUGCCUAUCGUAUUUUCAAGGACAUAUGCUUGAUGACGGAGAACCAGCGACCAGAAUAUCUCCGAUUUACCGGACUUCCUCAGACAUUUGGCCUGGAGUUGAUAGAAUCAGUCUUAAGUCAGCACGCUGCUAUUUUUGUUGAAUCGCGUCACCCAGAACAAACACAUAUACUUCGCACGAGGGUAAUGUCUUUCGUUAUCAAGGCGAUAUCCGGAAAACCGAACUUUGCGACAUCUGUUCGACUUGUACGUAUUUUAUAUACGCUAUUGCGGAAGCAUCUAGAUAUUUUGCUAUCGGAGGGUGGCGAAGCUCUCGACACUCUAACUCAGUUGUUAGAUCAGGAUACAGCUACUUGGAGGAGAGCACUAUGCAUGGAGGUCUUCCGCGGUAUAUUCUCUGAGCCCCCCCUUCUCAGACGUAUUUUCGCAUUUUACGACUCCAAGGAGGGAGAGAAAGAUGUUCUCAAAAACUUGACUGCUACAUUUGUUAGAGUUAGCACAGAGAAACCAGUGGUUAUCGGCUUAGGCCAUCAAUCUACCAUUCCUGUAGCCAAUCCGUAUGCCAAUCUAGGGGGCUCGUCAGAUCAGGCAAUGCUAGAGGCCAGCGGGGUCACUGGAAUUAUUAGCGGAUCUGUUGGUGAAGGCCAUAACACCGGGAUUAGCUCUCAAUGGAGUACGGUUAGAGUUGCCUGCAUCGACCAGCUAGAUAAGACUGAACCGCCUGCGAUCCCCGAAUCAUAUGUAUAUGCGUUGACUUUAUCUUGCAUUACUUCAUUGUCUGAGGGACUAGCUAAGUUGAUCUUGCCGCUCACAGUUCCUCCCGACAAUCGAGUUCGCAAACGCAGUGCAAAGCAGCAAGAGAUGGGGAGAGAAUCGCCAGGUCCAAAUGAAGACGAUAAUGGCGCCCCAAAUAAAUUGGUGGAAAGGACUGCCACGAUGAGUUCUAUUGAGAGAUCUGGAUCGUUCAAGAAGAAUCCAGUGCCUCUCAAUCCCCUAGCUGUUAAGGACCAUCCCUUGCAUAAUGACGUUAAGAUAUGUGCGGCCAUUAUCGAAGAAUGCUGGCCAGCAAUCCUCGCAACAUGUUCUACCUUUUUAUAUGCCGCACUUGAUUCGGAAUAUUAUCACGGUCUCGUCCGAGCCUUCCAAAAAUUCGCCCAUGUUGCGGGAUUACUCCAUCUCGCAACUCCAAGAGACGCUUUCCUUACAACGCUUGGUAAAGCGGCUGUUCCACCGAACGUAUUCAGUGCUUGCCUUAAUACUAGCACUUCCAAAUCUUCUACUGUUGGCCCCGCUGUAGAAGGCCCGAACAGUAUUCUGGGCAAUGCUAGAGGCCUUUUAAGUGUUGAUAGUCUAGUAACCCCGGUGGGUGCCGCUGGUGAGAGACAAAGGCAAGCAUCUAUGGACGCCAACACCAUACCACAGACACUGAACACUAGGAACCUCCUAUGUUUACGUGCGCUCUUAAAUCUAGGGAUAGCUUUAGGACCGACAUUAAGCUCUUCGUGGACGAUUGUCUUGGAAACGCUUCAGCAGGCUGAUCUUGUUUUGUUCACAACUGGGAAAUCCCCUGGCAGAACCCCAAUCGCCGGAAAGGGUCCGGACCCAAGAGCGGAGAACGAAGCUGCCUCACUCCUAGCUAACUUUAGUACGGAAAUAAGGGCCGUUGAAACAGCAGCAUCGAGACUCUUUGAAAGCACAGUUGAUUUUCCCAAUGUUGCUUUUGUGGAGGUUGUUGACGCAAUCUGUAGUCUCUUAGAUCAACAGCCUGACCAAGCUUCGGAACCAUCGAGCCGACCACAGUCAUCGCCCUCGUCACCCCCAUUGCCAGGUCUUCGGACCCCGACUGGACCACACCGGAGACUUGUUGGCGGAUCUGGGACAGGAUCCACAGGGCUCAGCCAAGAGGAUCAAUUUGCUCUCGCGAAGAUUGGUGAAGUUGCGGCUAUUAAUAUUGAGAGACUCCUCAGCUAUCCUCCUGACGUCUCAGGCUGGGCACGGAUCACGUCUGAACUUAUCAAGACGCUGGGCUCCGCCCCUACAGCUGCACAGAUUCGCACUCGUGCCGCAGAGAUACUCGUUCAACUUGUAUUAGAAGCCGCUAGAGCUGCCAUCAGUCUCGAUGAUGAGACACGUGGUAGAGUUCAGCUUCGUCUACUGGAAGCGCUUCGUGAUUCUUUAUUGCCAUUACAAAUGGAAGACCGUGCUACUUCUGUGACCACCCAUUCAACGGAUGUUGACAUCCACAAGAUCCUCCUUGAAGGUCUCAAAAGCCUACUUGAUGAUUGUGGUGAUGCACUUCUAAGUGGUUGGGAAAUCACGUUUGAAGUUAUUGGCAGCAUUUUUAUUCAGAGGAGGUUCGCUGACGAGAGCACACGAGACGUCGAAAACCAAUCCCUCAUCCUAUUGACACGAUCCGGAAAACUUAUUAGGUCCGCUUUCAAUUCUUUACAGUUGAUAUGUUCUGAUUUUCUUGGGUCAUUGCCUAAGUCAUGUUUUCUGAUUCUUGUUGAUACCCUGUAUAAAUUCUGCUCACAGGACGACGAUUUGAAUAUCGCGUUAACGACUGUUACCUUCUUCUGGGUGCUUUCCGAUUUCCUUUCGGGGAGGAGUCGGUCGCUUCUGAUCACUGAUAGUCUUAUUGAUGAUCCUAAUGGUGUGUCAUUGGUCGAAAAGGCCUCAAAUGCAGAGGAUGCAUCGUCUGAUUCAGCGUUAUGGAUGCUCCUCCUACUGAGGUUGACUACCGUAACCACCGACGAGAGACUUGACUUAAGAAACAGUGCUAUCCAGACAUUACUACGGAUUUUUGAUGCGUACGGGGAUAGGCUUAGCCCAGAGGCAUGGUCUGUCUGUAUCAAAUCUGUUAUUUUCAAGCUUCUUUCGUCUAUAGAGAAAGAACUUGAAAAUGUUGGAAGACCGGAAAUUGAUGAGAAAAUUCGCCAUGACUGGUAUGACACGGCCGUCGUUGUACUCAGCGGCAUAUCCAGCCUCCUUGCCAAUUACCUUGAUGUGUUAACAGUUCAUCCCACAUUUAACUCAUAUUGGCAACAACUCCUAGGGCAUUUUGCUUCUUUACUUGACUUCCAAGUUUUGGAAAUAAGCACGGCAACAUUCAAAGCGCUGACCCAGAUGCUCUCGCAAAGCCAGAAUGGUACAAAGCAGAAUUUCAACAAGACCACAAUUGAUCUAGCUUGGGAUUUAUGGUCCCGCGGUGUCCCGGUUUCUAGGAAAGGCAACACAGGAAGAAUCACAGAUAAUCAAAAUUGUCUUCUUGCCUAUGUCGCGGCUCUUCGCGAUGUCUAUCGGCUCAUACAAGUUGACCUUACCGUUGACCGUAUUCGCCGAAUGCUGACACUAUUACGAGAAGUUAUGCAAGUCGCUACUCCUGGGACGUAUGUGGCGGAUAUUGAACAUCUUACACCCCUGCAAGGGCAGGUGCUGGAUGUGAUCAAAAUGCUCAGGACUGACUUACGAGGGGCGCCAUCCGCUCUGAUAUCUCAGAUAUCUGAAUUUAUCUCACUGGCUUUCCUCGAAGAAUAUGACAUGUCGAAUCAACGGAAUUCGCAGAAGCGUACUUACGUUGCUAUGUCCAAAGCCAGCAUGUCGAUUCUCCAAUCUCUCAUUGUGAAUCACGCUGCCGAUGUAAAUAUUUACAAUGACGGCGCAUUCCUGACUGCGCUAACGGCUUUGUCGCGGCCAAUUGUGCUUAAGUAUCAAUUUCCCAUUAUCACCAAAGGAGAGCAGCCGUGGAAGCAAUCAACAACAUCCGCUUUAGUCAUUCUCGAGGCUACCCUCCCGCAGCUUCAGAAACUUGAUAUUUCACGGUCAAAUCUACAAGAUAUUUGGGAAAUAAUCGUUACCAUUGCGAACGGAAUUAUCAGUGCAGAUUGUGAUGCACCACCGGAUCGAGUCAAUAUCGCAGAAGAUCAGAACAUCGAUAUAUCCUCAUUCUUGAAAUUGCGCGAGCUCAUCAUCCCCUCCUUAGGUGCGGAGGUAGUAGCAGAUAAGACGAGGAAGGUAUUCGCAGAAAACCUAUUUCGCAUGUCUAUUAUACAUACACCGGCCCCGACAGAAUCUUCUCUCAUAUAUGGGAAUAGUGAAGGUGACGUGGUUGGCCUGUUGAACCUAUAUAAACCACGGAGUGGUCGCACCGUGGAUCCAACCCCGGCCAAGCGUGAGAAGAUGUGUUACGUUUGCCUCGAUGAGUUGUUUGCAUUAGUAACAAGCCACAACGAAACAUCAACGCCUCAUAUCACAGUCCAGCCGCCGACUCCGGCUUUCCCGCCACCCAGCUUAUCGUCAGCAGCAGGUAACAUGACGCUCGAAUCUCCACAUGCUCUAUAUGUGCGGUUAGCACAAACGGCAGCACCGUACCUUAUACUGAGGGCCGCUCUUACGCUAAGAGCCUAUAUCGCAGACCAGCCGCUGCGUGGGCAUAUGCCGCAGCCAUUGAGCCAACGUAAGGAGCUUACGCGGGUGCUAGAAAGAUUGGUAGAGCUCAAGAGCGAACCUGAAGCUAUCCCGGAUACACCCAAUGCUGAGAGCGAGAGUCGUAAACAUCUACUUAGGCUCUACCCGUUGCUAGUUAGUGCGAUUAAAGUCACAGGGACUAGUGGGGAUGAGAGUGUAUUAAUGCUGCUGACGAAAGCAUUGGAUGUCGUUGGGUCCGAACUGGGGAUUUGA